CCCACACUGACAAAAACCCUUUUACUUGACCCACCAGUUUACCUUCAAUCCUUCAUCUUCCUCCAUGCUCACUCUCUGAGCUCGACUAACACACUCCGUUAUCCACACCCCACACUCCACCAUGUCCUCUGCUUCCAAGUUCAUUCGCUUCGGCACCGCCCUCUUCCAUUUUCCCAAACCAACUCUCUCUCCUCCUCCCUCUCCUUCCCUCCUCCCUCUCAAACCCUUCGCCACCUCACAAUCUCUCCUCUUCUCCCGCCACUGCUCCUCCUCCUCCUCCGCCGCAGUCGCCUCCGUCGAUACCUUCACCGCCAGUGGCACCGAAGCCCCUGUGCACCACCCCUGGCCGGAGUGGGUGGCUUUCGUCGACGGGCUGAAGACCAAGGGCUACUUCAUCAAACCGCCGCCGCCUGCGGAGGACGGCGAGAGUGACGGCGUUUAUACGGACAUGAAUCAGUUGAAGGAUGCUUGCCUUAGCUUUGCUCGUGACCGCUUUGAUGUUUUCAAAUCAUUGUCUGUGGCAGACAUUCAAGCACUUGUGGAGGGUGGAUGUCCCAAUCUGUUGCGAAAAGCUGUGAAUUCAGGAAAGCGAUUGAGAUUGUACGUGAAGCUGGAUGAAGGCGAUGUUUGUGGUGGUUGCAAUCUGCGAGGUUCCUGUGACAGAGCUUAUGUUGUUCUUAACGAAUCUGAAGCCGCUGCCCGCACAGUGGAUAUAGUGCGAAUAUUAAUGUAUUAUGCACUAGAUCCACUCGUUAUUUCUGGGCAAGAGAAACCUCCUGGUAGAGAGCUUAUAGAAACAUCUGCAAGAAAACUGCUGUCCAAGUUGCUUCAACUCAGUGAAACAGCUGUUGACCCAUCACUGCCAAUGCCUGCGGCCAAAGUUCUUACGAAGAAAAAACCAUCUGUAAGUUUCAUGGAUGAUGAGCCGUCUCAAACUGCUGAAAUGAAGAGAGGAGAUUGGAUGUGUCCCAGGUGCAAUUUUCUGAACUUUGCUAAAAAUAUAAGAUGUCUAGAGUGUAAAGAAGAGGGCCCGCGAAAAGUUGAUAUGGGUGAUGUUGAAAUGAAAAAAGGAGACUGGGUCUGCUCUGAGUGCAAUUUCAUGAACUUCGCUAGAAAUUUUCGCUGCCUAAAGUGCAAAACUCAAGGGCCAAAGAGACCCGGUGUAGAUGAUGUCAAAAUGAAGAAAGGAGACUGGAACUGCCCACAGUGUGGGUUCAUGAAUUUUGCAAGCAAAAGGAAUUGUUUGCGCUGUGAAGAGGUACGGCCCAAGAUAAACCCUGGAGAUUGGGACUGUCCCUCAUGUAAUUUCAUGAAUUAUGGGAGAAACACAGAAUGCCUGAAGUGUAAAUGUGAACGCCCUGAAGGAGAAACUACAGUAUACCCUAAGAAGAAACUACAUACCGAAUAUGAGGAGCAAAUAUGGAGGCGUCCUCGCUAGUGUCUUUUGCUUAUAGAACAAAAACUUGGUUUUUAUGGAGAUUUUUUUCAAGGCAGGUGGUGCAGGACAUGAUUACUCCUGGUGACCGAGCACUCAUAAUUAUUCUGGUUUGUGAUCACACAGAAGAGCACUCGGGUGUAUUGAUGAUAUGUCUGCAGUUUUGUUCAUUAAUUUUCGUAUACUGGAGCAAGAACAUUAGCAUGUUUUUAGCUAUAACUUAUCCCCAGAACAUUAGCAUGAACUAUGUGUGACAAAUGAACUUAAAGCUAUUACGGAAGAGUAUUUCUCCAAAUUUUUA